AUGGAAGAGCAAAAAGAGAAUCUCCUCAAAGGUUUAGAGAUCGACCUUGAGCAUAGUAUAGAACCUCAAAGAGUUUCUAGAGGCAAGGAUAUGCCAUCAUUCGGAGUUGAUGUCACUGAUUCAAGUGAUUUUAGCCAAAAGAGCACAUCCUGAUUGUAUAAGUGCUUCUACCCGAUCCUGGUAAUCUUAUAUUACCUCCUAUGUUGCUGUUUCUGAAACAAAGGCAGCUCUGAAACUCCCAGAAAACUAGUUGCAAAGAGAUUCAAGAGAUGGAUAAGAAAGAGAGGAGAGAGUAAAUAAAGAUCCCCUCGAUGUUCUUCUCAGACUCUACGCUCGGGAAGAAGGAAUUGUUGAAGAACUUGAAGAAGUCCGGCUUAACCCUGAUUUCACCUCAAAAUACAGAAAUGAUCUAGAAUUUUACCUCCCACAAUUAUGCUCUUAUUGCUUGUCAGAGGAUGGAAAUGACGAGCUUCAAAAGUUCAUUAUAAUAGCAGCACAGUCAAACAUUUUCUUCUCUCACAGAGUGUUAUUUUUCCUGGAAUCCCUGACCACAGAAAACGAGAAAGUGAACGAGAAUAUCCAAAAUAUUCUGAUUUCAUUAUCCCAAAUGCAAGGUAUUGAAACCCAACAGUAUGGAGAAAAUGAAGAGAAAAAUAAAGAAAUAGAGCAAGUAAUUGAAAAUUAUAAAAAGACAGAGAUUCUCUCCCCAGAAACAAUUCAGAAGUACAGAAACAAGAUCAGAGCUGCUGAUAUCACACUUAGAAAGUAUGACUACACUAUGGGGGUAGAUACAACGUUGGAUAACCAGAGUGGGUAUCUCUCAACCCCUUUCUUCGUGUUUUCCCUAACAAAUCUAUGAAAUAUAAUACUGAAUUCUCAAGAUAGGGAAAGCGCACUGUUCGAUGGCUUGCAGAAAAUAAACAUGCACUUGCCGUCAUCUGUAUACAUUCCUUUUGUCAAUGCUUCCAUGAGAAACUACGUUGUACUUCAUAUUAAUGUGGUAGAAGCCAAGGUAUUUGUUACAAAACAGAGAGCACCAUUUUUAGUCUGAAUUGAAGUGUUCAGACCCCAAGAAAACGAAUUCAGAGAUAAAAUAGAAGAGGGGGACUCCACUUCGUCAAGUGAAGAUGAAGCAGAACCAGUAGAUAUUGAAAUGCAAGAGAAGCCAACUAAUACAGUCACUAAAAAUUGGAAGAAUUUCCUGAUCAAAAACAAAGACAUUGAAGAAGAUGAUGCUCUCGCUUCUCAGGAGCUAGGCUUAGGGAGCAAACAGAAGUCCAAACAUUCCAGACAUAAGAGCUAUGGAGCUUUUAAGACCACUUUUAGAGGAAAUGAAGAAGAAAAGCAUCAAAAAGAAAAAGAAAAUAACAAGAAAAAGUUUGAUAUCAUGAAAGCCUUCUUCAACAUAGGAAAAUUCCACAAGAAAGAUCUCUCCAGAAAAAUUGAUAAAUUUGCAGAUGAACAAUACUCUCACAUGGUGAAUAUGAAGAAAAUCAAAAAGAGAGAUCCUUUUGGUGAUAUGCUCGAUAUCCGUCAACCAAGGAGUCUUAGUAGAACUUUCACAGGUGACAUUAACUCUCUCAGAAGCAACUCAAUCAAAAAGUUAUCUGAUGCACUUAACACAACUGUUUAUCGACCAAAUAAGAACUUAUCAUUACUGAAAGAGGCAGAAACUCAUGUAGAUUUCCAUAAUAUUGCUGAUGGAGUUUCAGAGGGAGAAGACAGCAACGAAUUCGAGCCAGAACAAACAGCUUCAUGUAUCGGUGACUUCUACGAAGGAUCUACUCUACAAAAGAAGAGCACAAUUCUUACAAAAGGGCAUGUCAAGAAAUCAAGCAUGAUGACUCCUUCAAAGACUCUUAGGGCUGAAAUGAACACCUUCAGCCACUAUCGCAAUUUAAGCAAUCAAAUGCAGAAAGAUUUUAAAGAAAAUAUUGAGAAAGUAGACCCUAUUCUUGAAGAGGAACAAGCAAUGUCAAAUUCUGAGGAGGAAAUCCCUACCUCAGGAGAGACUGCUGCUCAACAAGAGAAAAGAAUAAGAAAGCAAAGCAUCUUUGGACACCUAAAAACUUGGAAAUUACUCCGCCUCAUUGUUAAGAGUGGGGAUGACCUUCGGCAAGAGCAAUUUGCCAUGCAAUUGAUUAGCCAGAUCGACCAGAUCUUCAAGAGAAAGAAGUUGAAUAUAUGGCUCAAACCCUACGAAAUUCUUGCAACUGGGAAAGAUUGAGGUCUUAUAGAAUUUCUCUCUGACGCGAUAAGUAUUGACGCAUUUAAGAAGAAAAAUCCGACUUGAUCAUUGGAUGAUUACUUCAAGCAAAACUUUACCAGCAAAAAGGAGCUAUCUAAAGCAAGACAGGCAUUUGCUAGAUCCUUGGCUGGGUACUCCUUAGUGUGAUACAUCCUCCAGAUUAAGGAUAGACAUAAUGGUAACAUCCUUCUGGACACAGAAGGGCAUAUUAUGCAUAUUGACUUUGGAUUCCUUCUCACAAAUGCCCCUGGCAAAGGACUUAACUUUGAAAAAGCUCCAUUCAAGCUCACAGACGACUUCAUUGAAGUCUUAGAAGGUCCUGAAAGCAAGUACUUCAAGAAAUUUAGAGAGAAAUUGAUCUCAGGAUUCUCUGCAAUUCAGAAGAAAGCAGAACAACUUAUUUGUCUUGUUGAAAUGAUGAUUGCGAGUCAACAAGAGCUUGACUGCUUUAUUGGUGGUAGGGAAAGAGUUCUCAACGAGCUCAGAAGCAGACUCUUCCCUUAUGAUCGUAAUAAAGUUCUCUCUAAAGCAGAGUGUAAGGAGUAUAUUGAUGAACUUAUCGACCAAUCUUCUAACAACUGGAGAACUAAGGUAUACGAUGGUUUCCAAAAAUGAUGUCAAGGAAUUGCCUCAUAA